AAAUGCUAGGACCAUAAGGCACUGAACCCCUACAGACAAGCCAAGCAUCAAUAAUCCCUCUGCUUCUUUCUAGAGUUAACCCUGAAGCCAAAACAAACAAAAAGACUGAAAAGCUAAACCCCUACAGACAAGCCAAGCAUCAAUAAUCCCUCUGCUCCUUACUCUAUUUAACCCAUAAGCCAAAACAAGCGAAAAGACUGAAAAGAAAGGAACAAGAUGAGGUUGCUAACUCACAACAUGUUGUCGUCAAACAUCAAGGGGGUAACCAACGGUUUUCCUCUGAGGAUCGAAGUGGAGAAAGUGGUGGAGAAGGAAGUAGAAAUCAAUCACGAUUUCCUCAGGAACAUAUUCCCGAAGAUCGAUUGGAAAGCUUUUUCGGAUGCUUCGAGAAUCAUGGGCUACGUCGAGCUUCCUGAGGAAGCACCUGAGCCGUCGGUGUUGGAGUCGGACCUCGAGUUUUUGAGAAAGUUUCAUCAUGCCCUCUUGGAGCUUCAUCUUGAGGAAGGUGCUCUUGUUUGCCCCGAGACGGGCAGGAAGUUUCCUGUUAAUAAGGGAAUUCCUAAUAUGCUUCUACACGAGGAUGAGGUUUAAGGAACGGUGAUCGACACGACUGCGUACUUGGCAUGGGGGGUUUUAAUUAGGGUUUUUCCUUUUUUUUUUUUUCUGUCGCUUUUAGUCGUUGUUUGGAAUAAGAUGGUGUUGUUUUAAUCAUACAAUAAUUGAAGAUUGAGCCCAUGUAACGAAUCAUAAAUUCCAUGAAA